GUUAACAGGUUGUGUCCUCCUUGCAGGGUUUUAGUGCGACGGGCCCGGAAGUUGGCACAGCAGUAUUUCCUGGUUUACCAGGAACCGAUCCCCACAGGGCAGCUUGUCCAGAGAGUGGCCUCUGUAAUGCAGGAGUAUACACAGUCUGGUGGAGUGCGUCCCUUUGGGGUGUCAUUGCUGAUAGCUGGGUGGGAUGAAGAUCACCCCUACCUGUUCCAGUCAGACCCCUCUGGUGCAUAUUUUGCAUGGAAAGCCACAGCAAUGGGAAAGAACUAUGUUAAUGGAAAAACAUUCCUUGAGAAAAGGUAAGGGUUUGCUAUUUGAGGAGCUCUUUGAAUAA